ACAGGUCACUAUUUCUAGUAACUGGGAUGCAAUCAUUAGGCAGCACUGUUUUCAAGCAGAAGACACAUUUAGAAGUGGAGUGGCUUUAAGUUUUGUUUUUUUGUCAGUGUAAAUUAGUUUGUGUACUUUUGGCACACAUUCCUGUGUCACUGCACAAAUUAUGCAUUAAUUGUGUUUUGCCCAAACUUUACAAGAAGAAUAUACUGAAUCAACUGGAUAGCAAUGGCUCCUAACAGGAUGUUAAUACUGAUUAUAGCAUUCCUUGUAAAUAUUCCGCUGGUGAGAGGUUCAAAACCCCAUACAGAAGAGUUUCUCCCCUAUUUCAUUGAUCAGCCUAUAGACUUGUUUGUACGGAAGGACCAGCCUGCCACAUUGAAUUGUCAAGCGGCAGGAAACCCAAAACCCAAAAUCGAGUGGUACCGCAAAGGAGAGCUUGUGAAAAACAGUAAGAAUGACUCUCAGCGUACAAUUCUUCCUGACGGAUCACUUUUCUUUCUUCAUUUUAAUCAAGCUAAAGGCAAAUCCAAUGAAGGGGUGUACACGUGCGUUGCUAGUAACCGCUUAGGAAAAAUAUUUAGCAGAAAUGCUUCUCUCUACAUUGCUGCUAUAGGAGAAGAGUUUCGACUCAAUCCAGCUAAUGCAGUUGUAGCAGUCGGGAAUCCUCUUGUAAUCGAGUGCUUACCGCCAACUGGGAAACCUGAACCCACUGUCACAUGGAAGAAAGAUGGAGCUCUGAUAGAUUACAACAAUAGUCAUUACACGAUUUCUGCUGGAAAACUCACAAUUAAUUACGCAUUAAAAAAAGAUUCAGGAGCAUAUUCUUGUUUUGCUUUUAAUCAAGUUGGAGAAAGAGAAAGCAAAUCUGCAAACAUUUCUGUACUGGAAAAACCUGUGAUCACAAAUAAACCAGAAGAAGCUGUGGCAAAAAUUGGGAGCAAUGUCCAGUUUUAUUGUGGAACUAAAGGUGACCCUCAGCCCAGGGUAUGGUGGAGUAAAGAACGUGGAGAACUUCUUCAAGGGAGAUAUGACGUUAACAAUGAAAACACAUUAACGAUUCAUAAUGUCAGAUUUCAUGACGCUGGAAGAUAUGUCUGCACAGCAGAAAACCAGAUUGAAUCUGUAUCUUCAAGUGCACUGCUUGUGGUAGAAGAUCCUUUGGACACAGGGCAAAUGGACAACCAAAAAAAAAUUAACAAAGAGCUAUCCAAUGUUCGUAUCCAUUUGGAUAACAUCACAGCUCUUCCAGGUUCCUCAGUCAAUAUACGCUGGAAGGUACAGCCAUCUUCUCCACUUGUUGAAGGAUUUAUUGUUUUCUAUCGUCCGCACCCAUCUUUUGAUGUGGGGUGGACUGAAUGGACAUCAAAAAGUAACGAGUACAGCACCAUUAUUCCAUCUUUAACCAGAGGUCAGAAAUAUGAAUUUAAGGUUCGUCCUUUUUCAGGGAAGAUCUAUGGAGCAGACAGCAACAUCAGACAUUUCAAAGUUCCAGAUGAAGUUCCAAACACGGCUCCACGAAACAUCAAAGUAGAAACAGUUGAUGGUGCAAAUGGUACAAUCGUUGUAAGCUGGGAACCGCCACCGAAGAAUAUUCAAAGUGGAAUCAUUAAAGGUUAUAAGGUUUCAUUUGUUGGAAAUGAGACUCAUCAUCAAGCUGAUUGGAUAGUGGACGAAGGAACCAAGAGACUUGAGAUACCUAUGUUGGCAUCAGGAAUCAAGUACCAAGUUCAAGUGGCAGCUAUAAAUGAUGCAGGAAUUGGGAUACCUAGCAAUCCUAAAUAUAUCUUUAUAGAGUCUCCAGAAGUAAAAAUGGAAAAAGAGGAAGAAAAUAUAUCAUUUCAACUGAUCCUACAGGUCAUGCGCCAUCCAGCCUUCAUAGCAACAGCGGGAGCAGUGAUCUGGCUGUUAUUAAUGAUCUUUGCUAUAUGUUUGUGUCAACGUCAUUCAAAGCGUUAUCGCACAAAAAAGCAAAAUGCUUUGGGAAAUGGGCUUUAUAGAUUUGCAAGUGAAGAUACCAUAAUAAAGCACAGAAUGGACAUAACUGAUUCUCCCUGGCUUUCCAACACUUGGAAAUCUUGUUCCAGGAACUACAGCAGUACUACUAGCAUGAACAGUCAGUUGCUGUGGACCGAGACCAAAGAUACUGUGGAUUUCCGCAAAUCUGCAACUUCAUUUGAGCGAAAGAGUGAAGGGAGUCGCAGUCAGCUGAUUACCUUAGUUCCUGACAACAGCAGCUUGUAUGGAACUCUAUAUGUUGACCUCCCUGGAAAAGACAUGACCACUUUUCAGCGUCGAUCGUUUGUAAAACCACCAAGACAAGGAGCAAACAUCAAAACACCUGAACCUCUUGGACUGUUUGACCAGAGUUCUUUUCAACAAUAUUUGAAUAAUAUCAAUGCUCACAAUGCCAUUUAUGGUGGAGCUCGAAGCAAAUUGCCAGGAAGACCUAUUGUUCCAGUGUCUCCUAAUGUGUCACUCAAGGAAUCUUGGAGUAAAAACUGCAAAAAAGAGUUGCAUCACGUCAAUAGCGCUCCUUUGUCACCUUACUAUCAGACAUCAAACCAGAAUGGCAGCAUCCCCAGUGUUCAGAGUCUAGACAUAAAUCAAGCAGGCAAAGGAGACUAUGCUAAAGUGAUGAAGACAUUUAGCUCGCCGAAAAUUCUACAAUACACCACUUCGCUUAAAGUCAUGGACCUCCAUCCAAUCACUGCCUCUCUUCCACCACCUCCAGUUCCGCCUCCAAAUGAAGACUUAUCUUGUAAAGACCAAAAUAAAAUGGUCUCCAAUGUUUCCUCGUAUUCUGAGUCCAAGCAAGAAAAGCAAAAAAAAGACAAUUUUUGUAGGAAAAAGACUCCCCCUAGCACGCUGAAUAUUAAGCGCGUCUCGGCAGCCUCUCUAUCGUUUUCUGUGAAUGAUGAUGGGGACAAUGUACUGACCCCAGAAGAUGUCGCAAAAUACCUUGAACUCAGUGAACACGGAGACAUUUCAAGGCAUCACUCAGAAUGCGACUCCACCCUUUCAAGGCAUUUUUCUUCACCUAAUACCUAUGGCUAUAUCUCUGGUCCACUACCUUCAGAUUUGGCAGAAGUUGAUCCAGGAGAUGAAGAUGAUGACCUUGAGUUGGAUGAUGUCAACUCAUUGAAAUCCUAUCGCAAAUACUGUGAAACACCAACAUCUAGUAUCAGUGAAUAUGAGAGCUCAAUGGCAGGAUCCUUAGUCAAUGGAUGGGGUUCUGUUUCAGAAGACAAUUAUACCAGUGCUCGCUGCAGCAUGGUCAGCUCCUCUGAUGGAUCUUUUUUAAUGGAUGCUAAUUUUGCAAAGGCUCUUGCAGUUGCUGUUGAUAGCUUUUGCCUUGGAAUGUCCCAAGCAGAGGCAGGCGGAAGAGAGAGACUUUACACUGACUUUUCUCCUACAUCUUCCCCUUUGGAUGGAAUGCUUGCUGACAACAACCAUGGUGAAAAUAUAGACAUUACCAAAAAGAAAUCCAAAGGUUGUUCUCUUCCCGUUCUAGACUGGAAUAUCGACUGGAUGGACGAAAUGGAAGCCAAGUACAGCAAAAGACUUGAAAUGAAGCAUCAUUUUCCAUUUGAUAAAAAGAUGGAACAUUUCAAGUAACUUUUACGGCAGAGACCUGAGUUGACUCUUCUGGAAAUUAAUUGCAUUAGACUUUCUCCUUUCAUUUAAAAUUGGAAAUCAACACAACAAUCCUUUGUUAACUUUUGAUGGGAUGACUAUAAAGUUUUAGUUAUCUGAUUGUCUUAAUAUAUGUUGGUCUCAUGACAAGACUUUAGGUCAAGGUUAAUAGCGACUAUAAGGACACUGGGUAAAAUUAUAAGCUGCUAUGUUCUGUUUUGUAAUCUAUGCUAAAAUGCUUUUUGUUCCCUGUAUUAACAUGUCAUGAAUCUCUUUAAGUUCUUUCUAGUGCAUUUAAUCAAGAACAUUGUACAAAGAACUGUGACAUUACAAAAGUAUAUUGUGUAUCACAUAGUUUAUUUUUAACAUAGUAAAUGUUUACAAUAUUUCUAAAUUGCUUGAUUCCUUAUAUAUUAUAGUAUCUGCUGUAGAAAUUCCUGAGUAUUCACAUACUUGAACUUUGUUGGUUUUCUGCAUCUACAAACACAUUGUUUAUGCAGUUAACAUUAUUGUGGUAUGAAAUAUCAUGCCAAAAAAUGUAUAAACCAAUCAACAAUAAAAUGCAAUAAAUCACCUUUUAACAUAGAUUUGUGCAUAUUUACAAUAUUUUAAAAAUGAACAUUUUGGGUUAAAUGGACAGUCUUCACCUUAGUCAUCUUAAAGUCUUACCUUAGAUUAAGUUGCAGAUAGCAUCCUGCACCUUUUAUGCAUCAGGAAUGGUAAAAAAGUUAUUUUAAAAUGAAUAUUGUUUCGGCCCACUUUGUAAUCGCUGCCAAGCUCCACCCACUGAUGACAUCAUGAUCCGUGCUGCAUAUGGUGUCCAAUCACAAAAGGCUCACUAGUCUGAUUCAAUAGACUGUCAAUGCUAUUCCGCAGAGUGCCUAGAUGUAGCCCAGAUCAUGAUGUCAUCAGUGGGCAGAGCUUGGCAGCCAUUUCAAACUGACCAGAAACAAUGUAUUCAUUCUAAAAUAACUUUUUUACCAUUCCUGCUGCAUGAUAUAGAAAGGUGUGUAGGAGGCUAUUUGCAGCUUAAUCUAAGGUAAAGUAAGACUUUAAGAUGACUAAGGUGUAGACUGUCUCUAUAAAUAAGCAUGCUACCAUUUUGUGGUAACAUUUUUAUAAUAUACUGUAUGAUGUUAUUAGAUUAUACAAUGUAUAAAGUGAAGUAUCAAAAAUGUUUUUAAAUGACUAUGAAUGAAUAGACUUGUAUAGUAGAUCUAACAUUGUGGCAUAUGUUAUCAUUUGUUUUGUAAAUAAAAAUGUGAACUGUUUUAAUAAUAAAUUGUAUAUGCAUUUUUUAGAAUAAGGUGAUACUGGCAACAUAUAUGUUGAUUUUUUUUUAGUAGAUGUAGAUUUGUUGUCAAAUUUAGAAAUACUUUUAGUUAAUUUACAAAAAAAAUCUAGAAAAUAUUAGUUUCGUUAAUAUAAACUAUUUUAGGACUGGAUGGACGGUGUUUCAUAUUUGGGAGCGGCAAAAAGAUUGAACAUUUUUGUGAAAUUAACCAGGAAGAGUAUUUUUACAAUAAAUAUAUGUAACCUAACACAAUGAAUAUGAAUAAAAACAUUCUAUAAAAA